CGUCCCUACAGUUUCGCGACGAUGGAGCUCCCAGAGAUGAUUCAGCCUAGUCAGGUUCUGGCAACGAAACGCAAGCUUCCAAUGUCGGAAAGUCAAUACACGAACGGUACGAAGAGAAAUGGGACGGAGAGAACGCAGGUCGACAUCAAGAAAUCGCUAUCUAGCGAAUUCAAACAUCUUGAGCUUCUGUUCUCUCCGUGUGUUGAGAUGAAGAUAUGGGCUGUCGCUGAGAGAAGCCUGAACAUGCCCGAGCCGCCCACUUGGUUUCCGGAAUACACCAAACCAGGAAGCACAGAAUAUUGGUGGACGGAGAGUCUUCACCAAAAUGGGUCUCUUAUGGGCACGCAUGAUCUGGGAUUCAUGAUUUGCCCCUGGGCCCGUUUGCAGUGGGAUCUUCAUCGUGACCCAAAGGCUUUCGACACGUUGAUGAGGGCGGCCAACACCCUAGCAGACCGCUUCUCCGAAAAGGUCGGCUGUAUACGAUCAUGGGAUGUGUGCCAAACGAAGAUCUAUUCCUUUACGGACCCAAGCAAGGAUUUUCUCGUUAUUAUUGAUAAUAUGAUGAAUCUCGAUCUCCUCUUCUGGGCUGCAUCCGAGGCCCCUUCUAAAGCUGACUCUACUCGGUUCUUUGAUAUCGCGAUGGCCCAUGCUCGAACAUCGAAAGAGUACCUUAUUCGUGCCGACCGGUCUAGCUACCACGUCGCCAACUUCAACCCUUCGACUGGCACUCUCAAAGAGCGUCUUACAAACCAGGGCUACAGCCAUGAAUCGUGUUGGUCGCGAGGUCAGGCGUGGGCCAUUGCAGGGUUUGCAAAGUCAUAUGAAUGGAGUGGCGAGAGCUCUUUUCUUGACACGGCCAAGAACUGUGCCGAUUACUUUUUGGAGAGAUUGCCUGACACGCAUAUUCCGCCCUGGGACUUUGACGCACAGGAAGACUCUGGUGCUAUUCCGCAACCCCCGGAUACAAGCGCAGCCAUGGUCGCUGCGUAUGGCAUGCUGCUGAUUCACGAAUCCCUCCAGAAGCGUUCCGAGCCUUCUCCGUAUCUCGGCCAUGCACUACGGAUAGUGGAUUCUGUUUGCGAGAGACACUUGAACCCCGCUGCCAGUCAGAAAGAGGACAUGGGGACGAUUCCCACAGUGGAAAACGGCCGUGCGACUUUUGUCAAGUGUGUUGAGACAGCUGCAGGGCUCGGAGAUACCAUCCUCAACGGCGCGACCAUUAACAAUUUCGAAUUUGCUCCUCGUCGCUGGGCUGAUCAUGGGCUUGUUUAUGCUGAUUACUUCUUUGUCUUGUUUGGAAACAAGCUUUUAGAAAUGAAUGCAUUGAGGUCACUGACGUAG